AUGGCCUCUUUUCUUAAGAAAUAUAUAUUAAGACAAUCAAAACCAAUAAAAGAAGAAAAUACUGAAGACAAAAUUUACAAUUUAAACGAUUUUGAUGAAACAUUAGCUAUAAUAAAGAAAGUAUUGUGGAUUGUGGGGCUUCGUCUGACACGAAAAGACUCUGAUAAUGCCAGGUAUUGGUUCUCUUUAUUUUACUGGUUCGAAACUGCGAAUGUGUUAAUGGCUUUCUCAUUGCAAACAAUGGAAACUAUCGAGGAUACCAGAGGAGCGACGACUUUUGAAGAUGCUACUACACUUUUCAGAAUGAUACCUUGUAUAGGAUUUUUACCACUGGCAAUACUGAAGUCAUAUAAAAUAUUGUGCUACGAAUCAGUGUAUGAGAAUUUGAUUGCCGAGUUGCGCAGCAUGUGGCCGCAGGGUAAAGUCACUGAAGAUGAACACAACGUCAUCCGCAAAGCGCUGAGACAACUGCAGAUUGUCUUAAAAGGAUAUUACUGGUGCAACUACGGUUUAGUCAUCAGCUGCGUUGCGCCAUGUUACAUCACAAUAAUAAAAAACAUUUUUGGUAAAAAUGAGCCUGGAGUUCUACCGUUCCUUUGGUGGGUACCUUUCGACCCUCUGCAACAUAUUGUAUUUGAACUUAUUGUACUCAUACAAACUUGGCAUGCUAUUUUGGUAAUGUCGUUUAUAUUAAGCGGAGAUCUGCUAUACUUCUUUUUUAUAAGUCAUAUCACAACGCAGUUUGACUUGUUAUCGAUUAGAAUUAAUAGAUUUAUAUUGGUUCCUACGGAUGAACAACUUAUUAACACUUAUCCUCUUGGAAUACAUUAUAAAACAUUCAAAAAUGACCACACUCUACUGGAAGUGGCUGAAGUGCAAAACACGAAAAUAAACACAGCUGUUCAUGAAAAAGAAAUAUUCAAUAUAAUUCUACGACAUCGCACUUUGAUAAGAUUAUGCGGUGAUGUUGAGAGUAUAUUCAGUUUCUCUUUACUCAUCAGUUUCUUGAAUAGCUCCGUUAUUAUAUGCUUCAGUAAUUUUUGCUGUGUCGUGAUUGAAAAAUGGUACGAAUUUAUGUAUAAAUCGUUCUUGAUUACUACACUAUGUCAAACAUGGCUUAUAUGUUGGUAUGGACAGAAGUUGCUUGAUUCGGGUGAAAAACUAUCUCAAGCAUUGUACAACUGCGGUUGGUAUUUGGCAUCUCAGAAAAUCAAGAGAACUAUUCACAUUAUGAUACAUAGGUCACAGAAAGAGGUAUGUGUGACUACGUAUGGAUUCACGAAAAUCUGUUUAGCCAGCUACACGGCGAUAAUCAAAACAUCUUGGUCGUACUUCACUCUGCUAGUGAAUACUUACAAACAGUAG